AUAAAAUAUACAAAAACCAUGUCUGGCUCUCUCUCUCUUUAGUAUAUAAAUAACCAAGAGAGACGCAAACGCCGCCUCAAGGGUGUCUUCAGUUGCCUUUCUCUCUGGUUAAAUUGGUUUUAGUUUUCGUUUCCUUCCUUUAGAUUUUAAAUCAGAUAGAUUGAAGAAUUUGAAGAAAAAGAAAAUGGUGGAUCUUCAAACAGUUUGCUCCAUGUGUGGUGAUGUAGGCUUCCCUGACAAGCUCUUCCGCUGCUCCAAGUGCCACCACCGUUUUCAGCACUCGUAUUGUAGCAACUACUACAACGAAUCAUCGGAGCCAAUACAAGUGUGUGAUUGGUGUCAAAGUGAGGAAAAAGGCUCGAGGCAUGGUGGUUCAAGGAAAUCAAUUGCAGGAAUUAGUGAUUCAGGGAUCAAAUCGGAAUAUUCAGGUGACAAAAUCAAGCAGAAUGAUAGGGAAGAAAGUGGUGCUGAAAGGGCAAAGAAUCCUAGUGGCACUCCUUCACCUCGGAGAAGAUACAAGCUUCUCAAGGAUGUCAUGUGUUAAAUUAUGAGACAAGUUUAAAUUCUAAUCCUAGUGAGUUUUGAUUUUCUAGUGUUUUUUUCUUCUACUUUUUCCGUUUCUUUUUUGACAGCCAAGAGUGUUUGGCUCUAUGCUAAAUAAGUUGAUAGAAUCAGUGAAACUUCAUGUACAAAUCAGAUGAUAAUUAAGUAAGCAUGAGUUUUUGUAAGCCUUCCA